AUGUCUAACCUUAAAUAUGAAAUAGCGGAAUGUUUUGGUCCAUCAUAGAUAGAAAGACCUGCAUGUAGGAACGGCGUUUUAGUGCAUCGUGUUUUAGCCGAGCGAGAACACGAAACCGCUUGUCACUCACGUUGAGGGUCAAAUUUGGAGAAGAUGUCCUGUUAGUCCACUAAAUUAUGUCGAGUUUCUCCAGGUCUGCCCAGCAAUGGGCGACAUUUGCUCGUUCAUGGUUCCUGAUCGAUGCCAGGAUGCAGCCUCCUGGGAAGAUAGCCUCCAUGUGUUCUGUCAGACUGCAGGGAAAACACAAACCCAUCUACCACGCACUGAGUGACUGUGGUGACCAUGUCGUCGUAAUAAACACCAGACACAUCGCUUUCUCUGGCAACAAGUGGGAGCAAAAAGUCUACUCAUCACACACAGGGUAUCCGGGUGGAUUUAAACAAGUCACAGCUGCCCAGCUCCACCUAAAAGACCCAAAAGCUAUAGUGAAGUUAGCUGUUUACGGCAUGUUGCCAAGGAACUUGCACAGGCGCACCAUGAUGCAGCGGCUGCACAUCUUCCCUGACGAUGUCCUACCAGACGACAUCUUAGCCAACCUGACAGAGGAGCUUCCUCAGCCCAGAAAAAUCCCAAAGAAGCUCAGCGAGUAUACCCAAGAGGAGAUUGAGGCCUUCCCCAGGCUUUGGACACCACCUGAAGACUACAAGCUGAAAUGAAAUCUGCAAUAUGACCCGAGCUGAUAGUUUGGCAAGGCUGGAUCUUAUCUGCGCUACGUUGGAAGCGUUACCUGCAAACGUAACAAAACACACUGUUAUAUUUGUCAGUUCGAGACUAAAAUCAGUGACCAAACUGUUUUUUUGUAGGAUUUACUCAGACACAUGAUCUGAGAUCAUUUUUUAACCUCUACUGCAUAGAUCUGGUCUUUUUAUUUGCAGUCUAAGAAAAACCUGAAAUCUGACUUCUCUUGUUACAUGCUCAUGAAAAAAUACAAAAAAAAAAGAAAGAAAGAAAGUCCUGUGGGAAAAGAGGAUUGAAAGUCAGAUUUUCUGCCUGUGUGUGAAUUCAGC